AUGGAUGCGAUCUUCACUCUUCUGUCAAACGCUGUGCCCCCAAUGUGGUCGAAAAAAUCCUCCACGGCAGCAGAAUCUAUCCCAGAUGCCACUAUUCAUGGAGCUCGGGUGUCGUACCCGAAGGAAUCGGUCCCAGCCCUCUAUUCCAACGAGAAGGUCGGCGAGCGAGUGACCUCCUACGCUGAAACACACAGCUCAACCCUCCCGCGGCAUAUUGUCAACUACCAUGCCACUAUUCAAAAGACCCAGCCCAGAACGGCAAACUACAUGAUCCACAUGUCCGAAGCCCAGGCUUUAGUCUUUCUAGCAAAGACGGUGGGCGCGAAGAGAGUUCUCGAGGUCGGCGUGUACGUGGGGCUUUUCAUGUUGGCCUGGAGCCAUGCUGUCGGGCCACAUGGCAAAGUCACUGGUCUGGAAUUUGACCCUCACUUUGCUGCCAUGGCGGAGAAGUCUUUCUCUGAUCAUGGUGUUGAAAAUGCGGAAGUUAUGGUGGGUGAUGCAUUGCAGACCCUCGCGAUGCUCGCUCCCUCCGAGCCUUACGAUAUCAUCUUCAUCGAUGCACAAAAGUCCGGCUAUCCGUUCUACCUUGAUACGAUCUUGAAACGAUCCCAGCCGGGUAUGCCUCACCGUCUACUGCGCUCCGGUGGACUGAUCAUCGGGGACAACGUCCUGCGGUGUGGGUUUGUCAUCGAUGACAGCACCGAUAAUCCAUGGCGCAACUUUGACUUUGGCGCGCACCGACCUCAAUAUUGGAAGUCCCAGGACGUAAAGUCUCUCAGGGCAUUUAAUACGAGCGUGGCUGGGAGUGAGCGUUUGGAGAUUUGGCUGUGUCCGCUUAGGACGGUGUUAACAUCUCUCGAUUGA